AUGUCUUUUUUUAUGUCAGACCGCUUGGCCUGGGCUGUCAAGAACGAAAUGGAGCUGCAAAGGAGGGUUUGUGCAGAGCGGCCCUUCUCCGCGGAGAAGUUGAACACACAGCACUUCGAGGCGCGAUUUGCAGACCAGGCCAAAGAGGAAGCGAAGAAAGCCGAGGCCGAUGCGCAGAGGCAUCUCGAGGAGUGCCAGGCACGAGCUAAGGCCGGAGAGGAAGCUUUGAGCAGGGCCGAGGCAUCUGGGAAGAGAGUGGAGCAGCUUCUCCAGGAGAGCCAGGCCGAGGUCACACGCAUGCACAAGGAUCACGAGGAGUGCCAAGCAAGAGCUCAGGCGGCGGAGGAAGCUUUAAGGCCCGAUGCAUCUGCGAAAAAAACAGAGCAGCUUUUCGUGGAGACGCAGGCAAAAGUGAAGAAGGCCGAGGCCAAAGAGACAGAAGCGUCCCUGCACAGCGAGACUGCAACUUGGGGAUCGUGGCGAUACUUCGUGGCUGUCCCGUUUUUGCUGCUCUGCUUCUGGGAGUUCGCCCCGCGCUGCUUCGGAAGGUCGUUGGCGAGCUUCUUGUGCCCUGCAAGAAACUACGCCUUCGGUACGGAGGCCAGCUUAAAGCGGCGAAUGGACGCACAGGACAAGGCUGUAAAGCAACUGAAGGAAGACGUGGAUGCCAUCAAGGAUCAACUGUGCCGAAGCAAGCAGCAAAUACCGAUUUCGGGUAUGAGGCAGCAGUUGAUGGCUGCAGUUGAUAGUGAUCAGGGUGUACGACAAUCGAGCGAGCCGAUCGCGAUGCAGCAGUCUGAAACUUGCAGCGAAGUCUGGAGCCACACAUCUUGGCUGGAAAUAAGCGAACGCGAAGAGUUCGAGACCAACUCCUUGUCCAAGAUCUCGGCAGGCGGCACUGAUAGCCCUGAACCGUGCUGUUAUCUCCAAGAGUCCCUAUUCCUGGCAGAGGACAAGGGCAAGUACAUCCCCGGCUUUGCCCUCUAUGAGGGAUGCAAGAUCUCGGCGGCCGAUGGCACCGUGAUCCGUGUUCCAGAACUCCACCGCGCGGAGAAGACGUUGAUUUUGCGUGCUGGCAGCGCCGUCCUGCAGGUAACCCCGGAUCAUCGCAUUCCAUUGCCUACGGGUGAUACGGUGCCAGCUGACAUGCUUCGCAUCGGUCAGGAAGUGAUGGUGCAAAACACUCCAACCCAACUGACCAGCGUGGAGCUCAGUUCCGUGCCGGUCAACGUCUUGAAGCUGGCCUUCGAUCCGGACCUGCCUGUGGAGGUCUUGGUGCCCCUGCCCGCCAUCCAGUCAAAAGUCAAAAGGGCUUGCGAAGAAGGCGCUCCGGCGCAGCUUGGGGCGCCGUUCCCAGGAGGAUUCCAGCAUCCCCGACAUGGAGACGGCCUACCAGGACUGAGUCUGACCCGCUAA